AUGGUGUGGGCAGCCCCAGCCACCUCCCUCUGCCUCCGUUUCUCCACAGACCUGGUGAAAGUGGCAGUGGCCACCCUGCUCAUCGGAGCUGCCCUGUCUGCCACCGAGCAACACCCUGACCUUCCAGCCCCACAGGGAUUCCUGUGCAUCCCAGCCCUGCCCGCCGCUGCCCUCCUGGCCUUUGCCCGGGGGCUGCAAAACAAACCAGAGAAGCUGAGCAGUGUCCAGCUCUCCUGCCUGGCCCACCUGCUCUCGGCCAAGAACCCGACGGCCCAUUUCGGCAGGUACCUGCCCAACCUGCUGCUCUUCUUUGAUUUGGCCGAGGUGGACAGUGAGACCUGUGGAGCCUUUUACAGCCGUGCUUCCCAUGGGAACCUGGACCUGCUGCCCAGGGGCUCAGUCCAGAGGCAGGAGCUGCUGCAACGGGCACUGGCCUGCCUGGGGGUGAGGAGCAGCCACUUGCAACCUGAGCAGCUCAGCAGCCUUGGGGCACUGGUGUGUGACAUGGAGCCUGAGACCAUCACAGCCUCAGACCCCGGAGUCCUGGAGAACCUGAAGCUCUGCCCAGUGCUAACAGGGGCCCAGCAGGAUGCCCUCAAUGCUGUGCUCCUUGGGGGUGGCACAGUGUAUGGGGACCCUUCCAGCUGGGAUUUACAGACCCUAGAUAGGUUGGGGCCACUUGUGCUGGCUUUGAACCAGACCACACUGAGCUUGGUGCCCAAGGCAACACAGGAGGCUUUUGGCAGGACCAUCACAGCCACUUACAGCAGCCAGAGACAUUCCCAGUGGGAAAAGUCCCUGACCCUCCUCAGGGCCUUCCCAGCAGCAGUGGCUUUGUCUCAUCCCAGGCUGAAGAGGACCACAGAAGGCUGCCCGUCCAGCCCCAUCACAGCCAGCACCAUCUCCGACACCUUGUUAUUCCUCAUAUACAGCGUCGAUGAGUUCUACCUGUGCCUGAGCGAUGAGGUUUUAACAGCAAACCUGAAGCUGCUGUCUGAGCAGCCACUCCCCAGGGAGUUCCUCAUGGUGAUGAAAAAAAGGCUGUCAGAGAUUUACCCAUCGGGGAUCCCAGAGAAGCAGCUGAAGGAGCUCGGGACUCUGUCCCGCCUGUACACGCCGAAGGAGAUCAGCCAGUGGAUGGUGACCUCCAGUGACACACUCCUGGCCCUGCUUAACCCCUCAGAUGGCCAGUGGAACCCUGCCCAGGUCAACCAGCUGCUCAAAAGGUACAAGGCCCUGGGGGGCACCUUGAUGGGGUCCACCCUGACGGGGCCCUUGCUCCAGACAAUUGGGGGGAGGAACCUGUGUAACCUGCAGGAGGAGCAGAUCGAUAAAAUACCUCUAGAAGCCAUCAGGACUGCUGGGCAGUUAAACAUUUCCUCCUGCUCUCAAGCCAAGAAGGACCAGCUCUACAGAAAGGCCUGUUAUGUCUUUGGUGACAAGGCCAACUCCAUCAGUGUCUAUUACUGCCUCAUUCGGCCAUACCUGGGUGGAGCUCCAGCAGAUGACCUGAAAAGGCUGGCUGAGAGAGGCACUGCCAUAAACAUGGACAUGGGCACCUUCCUUCACUUAAAUCCCAAGGAACUGCAGAAACUCAGUGUCAUGGAUGUGAAAAAUUUGCUUGGGAAAAACCUCCCUUACCUGAAGGCAGCUGAGAACGAGACGGUGGUGGUGGAGUGGGUGAAGAGACAGUCCCAGCAGGAGCUGGACUGUGGAUCCUCCAGGUACCCGAGUCCCAAAGCAGCUCUGCUGCCCUGA